AAUUUAUGUACUUUUUCAAACAUAUUUUUUUUAAAAAAAAUAAUAACUCUUCACCCUUUACUUUUCCCAUUAUAUAAAAACCAACACACAAACUAUUAGCUAACUCACAUUUUCUUGAACAUAAAUACAAAGUCAAAAACAAGAAAGUGUUAGAAUUUGGGGCUUAUUGUUUGAGGUUUUUAGUACCAAGAUUCACUUAAACUUUUUGAGGAAAAUGGAGAGAGAUUUGAAUCUUAGAUUGGGCUUGCCAGGGAGAGAGGAAGAUCAAUAUGAUCACCAACAAAUUGUGUCCAUAUCCAAGGAUAACAAAAGAGCUUUGUCUGAAUAUGAAGAUGAUGAAGCCACAACACCCCGUGUUACCAAGGUGCAAAUAGUGGGGUGGCCACCAGUGAGAUGUUACAGGAAGAAUACCUUACAAAAUACAACAAAGAAAAUAGAAGAUCAGUGUGGAAUUUAUGUGAAAGUUAGCAUGGAUGGAGCCCCUUUUUGUAGAAAAAUUGAUCUUAAAAUGUACAAGUGUUACACUCAACUCCUUAAAGCAAUGGAGAAAAUGUUCAAGCUAAACAAAGGUGAAUUUUCACCUACUUAUGAAGAUAAAGAUGGUGAUUUGAUGCUUGUUGGAGAUGUUCCUUGGGAAAUGUUCAUGUCAUCAUGCAAGAGACUGAGGAUAAUGAAAAGAUCAGAAGCAAGAGGAUUGGGAUCAUGUGGACUAUGAUAUAUAUAUAUAUAUCACAUGUGUUUAUUAAAGAAUAACAUACAAUUUUUUGAGGAUUUUAUGAAGAUUUCCCUCUUUAGAAGAAUCUUGCAAUAGUUUUUUAAAAAUUAUUUUUACAAGGAACUUAGUAUUUAUAGUGUUUUUAUUUUUUUGCUGUGAAACCAAUUGUACAAACACAGUUUGUUUUUUUUUUUCUUUUCAGUUCUUGGAUAUGAAAAGUAUGUUGUGUUCUCCACCCCAA